ACUGAUUUUUGACCUAAGGCAACAUGAAAACUUUUCUCUGCUGUGUUAAUGAGUUAGUGUCUUUUAAUUGAAUUAAAGUUUUUUUUUGUGUGUGUGAAUUCUAAACUCAAUAAAUUUAAUGAUAUUUCCUAGGACGAACCACUGAAGAUCCAAUCUUCAAAAAACAUUACCAUUAAUGCCAGGAAUCACGAAGGGAUUGUUACAAACAGAAUUUUUGUAGGGGAUUCUGUUGUAGAAGCCGUAUCUGAAGAGUUCACAAUUAAAAACACUGAAGGUCAAACCAUCUUCCGAGCAGAUGUUGAUGAGGUCAUGGUAGGAACAGAAAACUUCCGAUUCAGUGGAUCGGGAGGAGUGGCGUUUGAAGGAUCUAUCCAAACUUCCCUGGUACGGUCAGAAUCCUUCCAACAGCUCAGGCUCGAAUCGCCAACACGUACUCUGAAAGUUCAAGCACCAGAAGGCGUGGCUAUAGAAUCACGAGCGGGUGAUAUUACUGCCGCCUGUCGGAAAGAUUUGACACUACAAUCUAAAGAAGGAAGGAUUUGGUUGGAUUCGGAGAAGGUUGAGUUAAGAAACAUCAAGACAGCUUUGCCAACAACGAGAGGCCGUACGUAUGCCGGCAUUCAUCAACUGUGUGUAUGUGAGAAUGGGCGCCUGUUUCUCUCGCCACCAGAGGGCCGUUGUCAAGCCGACAGUGAAGUUUGCAAAUAGUUUUUUGUUGGGAGGUCGUCAAAUUUACAGAAUAUCUUUGUUAGUUUCGAAAGAUUGACGUACGUUUCUUUGUGAGUAGAAAGUGUGGAAGAAGCUGUAGAAUGAGAGUGAUCCUUGUUGUCGAUCAAAAGUUCUUCGACCCCAGAGACUCAUUCCCGGGGAGAAUUAUUAAACCGGUCUUGGAGAGUUUUCCUCACUUGGACCUGUUAGAUUUUGUGAAUACUGUGGUGGGUUAUUUUUCGAGGAAUACUGUGACUAGCUGCCAUAUAGCUCUUGGCUAUAUAAGUGAUUAAGAUAAACAGUGAAGCAGUCGUCUAAGAAAACCAUAAAGAAUAUGAAAUGCCACACUUUCUUCUCCCUUAGUUUACUAAGACUAUUUUUCACAAGUGACCUUUGUGACGAAUUAUAUCCCCCCAAAUCGAAAAGUGGAAUAAAGUUUCAAUUAUUGCAUUUGUUGUAUCUUACGAAGUUAAUCAUUGUUCUUCAACAGUCUCAGCAGAGCCGUGAUGUCUUGUCAUCAUUUGUGACGUAUACUGCACGUGCCUGAAGUUUUGAGGUGGACAUUGACUGUCGUUCAUCCAAGACCUUCAAGCAAGUGACCGCGUACGAAGAUCCAACGAAAGGAAUAUACUGUAAAACAAGGUUACUAUUAGUCGGUCAAAAAGAAAGCUUGAAGCCAGAAGAUUAUUUCUUGGGAUCUUUAAUGACGUCAAAAAAGAAAGCUUGAAGCCAGAAGAUUAUUUCUUGGGAUCUUUAAUGACGUCAAAAAAGAAAGCUUGAAGCCAAAAGAUUAUUUCUUGGGAUCUUUAAUAACGCCAAAAAUAAAGCUUGAAGCCAGAAGAUUAUUUAUUGGGAUUUUUAAAUAACGCCAAAAAAAGAAAGCUUGAAGCCAAAAUAUUAGUUCUUUGGAUCUUUAAUGACGUCAAAAAAUGUACAUGUUUAAUAUACCCGUAUUAUAAAUAUAGAUAAAGUUAUAUUGUGGUUUU